GUAGAGAGUUCUAGAGUUCUAGAGAGUUCUAGAGAGAGAGAGAGAGAGAGAGAGUUCUAGAGAGAGGCUUCUCCAUCUCUGAAAAGAGCAGUAUACCCACACAGGUGGUGGUAAGCUUUAGUUUCUUAAAGAUGUAUGGAGGAGAUUGUCAAGUUAUGUCAUACAUGGGAGGAAGUAUAGUUACAUCGGACCAACUCUUCUCUUCUCCGAUCCGAAACCCUAACCUCAACUUCAUGCCAAACAUGGGCUCCUUCAAUCAUUUCCCUACUUCUAUUAUUCCGAAGGAUGAGAGCACUGUCAUGAUGAUGACGCCGAUGAUGAUGAGAGGAAAAGAUGAGGAGAUAGAGAGCCGGUCCGGGAGCGGCGGCCAGGGUGAGGAAGUUUCCGGCGACGAUCAAGAGCAAGAACAAGUACAGGAGGCUAAGAGGAAACGUUAUCACCGUCACACAGCUAAGCAGAUUCAACAGAUGGAAGCGUUGUUUAAGGAAUGUCCACACCCGGACGACAAGCAGAGACUGAAACUGAGCCAAGAACUCGGCCUCAAACCUCGCCAGGUUAAGUUCUGGUUCCAGAAUCGGCGGACACAAUUGAAGGCGCAACAAGACCGAACAGAUAAUGUGAUGCUUAGAGCAGAGAAUGACAAUCUGAAGAAGGAAAACUUUCGUCUGCAAGCGGCGUUGAGGAACAUCAUGUGUCCUAACUGCGGUGGCGCUGCCAUUCUCGGCGAGGUCUCUUACGAAGAACAGCAUCUUCGAGUUGAGAAUGCAAGGCUGAAGGAGGAGCUUGAGCGUAUCUCUUGCCUGGUCCAAAGAUGCGGUGGCCGGCCCAUACAGGCACUGGCACCUCCGGCACAACCAAUGCUACUGCCUUCGUUGGACCUUGAAAUGGGUAUCUACAAUAGGAGUUUUCAUGACUCCAUGGGAAAUUGCAAUGAGAUGGUACCUGUAACUCCUUCGCUGCUGCCGGAGAUCCCGCAUAUCGCCGGAGGUGGGCUGAUAAUGGAACAUGAGAAGCCUUUAGCUCUAGAAUUAGCCAUGACUGCUGCAAAUGAACUAGUGAAGAUGUGCCAGGCUGGUGAGCCUCUCUGGGGCAGAAACAGCAACGAUGUCAAGGAAGUUCUUAACCUGGAAGAGCAUGUAAAGAUGUUUCCAUGGCCUAAUGGCUUCAAGAGACAGCAAAAUGAAAUGAGGACAGAAGCUAGCCGUGGCAGUGCUCUUGUUAUAAUGAAUAGUAUUACUUUGGUGGAGUCUUUCUUAGAUGCUAACAAAUGGAUGGAACUGUUUCCUUCCAUUGUGACUAGGGCAAAAACUGUUCAAAUUAUAACUUCUGGAGUUUCGGGACAUGCUAGUGGUUCACUUCAUCUGAUGUAUGCGGAGUUGCAAGUCCUUUCACCUUUGGUGCCUACCCGUGAGAUUCUAUUUCUUCGGUAUUGCCAACAAAAUGUAGAAGAAGGAAGUUGGGCCGUUGUUGAUUUCCCAAUUGAUAGCCUACAAGACAAUCACCAGUUUUGCUUCCCUACCUACAGAAGACGACCCUCUGGCUGCAUCAUUCAGGAUAUGCCUAAUGGAUACUCAAGGGUGACAUGGGUAGAACAUGCAGAGGUAGAGAAUAAACCAUUGCAUCAGGUUUUCAAUCAAUAUGUAACCGGUGGGAUGGCAUUUGGGGCACAACGCUGGUUAGCAGUUUUACAACGGCAGUGUGAGAGGUUUGCAAGUCUCAUGGCCAGAAAUAUAUCUGACCUUGGAGUCAUACCAUCUCCUGAAGCAAGGAAGAACUUAAUGAAACUGGCCCAAAGGAUGGUAAGAACAUUUUGUGUUAACGUUAGCACAUCUGGAGGUCAAUCAUGGACAGCUCUCUCUGAUUCUCUGGAAGACACUGUUCGUAUAACAACAAGGAAAAACACAGAGCCUGGCCAACCCAAUGGCCUGAUCCUAAGUGCUGUCUCCACAACUUUUCUGCCAUUCCCUCAUCAUCAGGUCUUCGAUCUCUUAAGGGAUGAACACCGCAGAUCUCAGUUGGAUGUUCUUUCAAGUGGGAAUUCAUUACAUGAGGUUGCUCACAUUGCAAAUGGCUCACAUCCUGGGAAUUGUAUUUCUCUUCUUCGCAUAAAUGCACCUAGCAACUCCGCUCAGAAUGUAGAGCUGAUUCUGCAGGAAAGCUUCGCUGACCCAAGUGGCAGCCUCAUCGUCUACACCACCGUGGAUGUUGAUGCCAUCCAGCUUGCUAUGAGCGGUGAUGAUCCCUCCUACAUCCCUGUCCUCCCUGUAGGCUUCGCAAUACUUCCUGUAGGUCCCACCGACAAUGAUGGAAGCCUAAGCAGCAACGAAGACAGCAAUGGUCAACCCUCUUCAGGCUGUUUACUUACUGUAGGCCUACAGGUGUUGGCAAGCACCAUCCCAACUGCAAAGCUCAAUCUCUCAAGCGUCACAGCCAUCACUAACCACCUUUGCAAUGCAGUUCACCAAAUCAAUGCAUCUCUCAGCAGCAGUACUGCUAACAGUGGCAGUGGCAGCGGCAGCGGUGGUGACGGCGGUGGAGCUGAGACCACUGCUGCAUCCGAUUGAUGGUAUGGAAGUCCUGCCGGGGUUUACCUCAAUCCCUAUGGGAAUUUGUCUAUUUUUAUAGGAUAAAAGUAGGAAAUAGUGUUGUAAUUGAGGAAGUCAAGAACGCACCAGAUGAAACCCUUAUUGCUUCUUGUUAAGGCUAGGGUUUCCCAGAUUUUUAGCCCUCCAACAUUAAUGGUGGGUGAUGGGAAGCUAAGCAGGUGGGCUUCACCAGUUAGCAAAGGGUGGUGGUUCGGGAAUUGACUUCCCCUUCUUAGACUUUUUGUGGUUUUAAUUAAUGUUUCCCUUUUGUUCUUACUUAAAUGAAAGAAAAAUGUUUCCCCUA